UCUGACAUAUGUAUUGCCGGAACAUUAUCUAGGAACAACAUGUCGAGCGAAAUCUUGUUCUUACUGGUUAUUUUGUUAAAUUCUUUCUACAUACAGGAAAUUCAUGGUACAUGUUCUAAAGAUGGCACGUGCUGUAACAAGUUCGAAUGCGAAUACAAUAUCCUACUGAAACUUAUACAACUUGAAGAAAAGACCGUUCAGCAGGAGAAUAAAAUCACAUCACUAACAGAAGAACUUAAAGGUGCAAAAGACACAAUAGCUGAACUGAACGAAACAGUCAUCAAAAAAGAAAAGUCUACUGAUGGUACCACAUACAUACGUUGGGGAAAAACAGAAUGUCCUAGUACAGCGUUUCUAGUAUACGAUGGAUACGCCGCUGGAUCUCAUUACAGUCAUACUGGAACCGCAACAAAUACAUUGUGUCUGCCUAAAGAUCCAGUUUAUGGCAAUCAUACAGAUGGAUUUCAAACCGCUGGUAGGCUUUAUGGUGCAGAAUAUGAAACAAACACAUACAGCAUUUGGAGUUACCUUCACGACCAUGAAAUUCCGUGUGCUGUUUGCCGCAUACCACGCAACAACGUCCUCAUGGUACCUGGGAAAAAUGUGUGUCAUGAGAAUUACAUACUUGAAUAUAAAGGCUAUCUUAUGUCUGAAUACUAUGGCAACAAGUCACCGUCUGAAUUUGUAUGCGUCGAUGAUGACCCAGAAAUGUUAACAGGUGGAGGAGGGAGCCAAAAUGGACGCCUGUUUUAUUUUGUAGAAGGAGAAUGUGGCUCACUGCAAUGCCCACCAUAUAAAAAUGGCUGGGAGCUUACAUGUGCCGUUUGUUCGUUUUCACCAGGUGCUCAGUCUACAAAGCUUCAGCCGUACAUUUGACAUCAUUGAGCAUUCAUAAGUAGACACUAGUAUUGAUAAUUUUAUAUUUACUGUAGUGUAAUGCUAUGCAUUAAAUAUCAAAAUUAAAUCUCUAUCGCAGCGGCGAAAUACAAGCCUAAAAUAACACAUCGGUAUUCCAAUCAUCGAUUUCAAUAUAUUUAAAGACUAUUAAAAAAAGGACUUUUAGCUUAAAUAUGUCGACUUUUUCUUUGUCUUGAGUUCUCAAUAUCUACUUUUACUUUCAGGUGUAUGUAGUAAUAAUAUCGGUACAUUGUAUUUUUGUGGCACAAGUUUAAAUUAACUUAAUCUACUUUGUAAAUUAUUCAGUAAUAGAAAUACGAGGUAAUAACAGAACUGCUAAAGGUCUGCCGCAAACCAUGGUAGAAAAAUAUGAUCAGGACUUUGCGAUUAUCUCCCAUUUCUUAAAUAUACACUUUCAUAGCAGUAGGUUUUGUGUCGUGUCGACGGUUGUUAUUAUAAUUGUUGUGUAAUAUGCCUCUGUUGUUUAUAAACAAUAUAAAAGAUCAUGCUUUACUUAGAUUUCCGAUUUAAACUUUUGCAUGAUACCUCAAAACGUUAUUUUCUCAAGCUGUGAUUCAUGUAAAAUUGCAAACGUUCAGUUGGGUGCUAUAAGCGUGCAAAUUCAGGUCGGAUAGUUUUAAUUUUAAAACAGACCUCUAUUUACUUGCCAACGAUCUGAUAUUUUACGUUCUAAAGCAUGCAGAACGAGCAUCAGGAAAUUUGUAAUCAGUUUAGGUCUUCCAUAAUAACUACAGAGUUUUUAGCUUGACUAUUCAUAGAAUAGUAGAGCUAUUGGUCUCGCCCAUGCGUCAGCGUCCGCUUCCACGUUCGCGUCCCGACUUGGUUAAGGUUUUGUAUGUAAGCUGGUAUCUCAGUAACCACUUCUGGGAAUGGAUUGAAACUUCACACCCUUAUUCACUGUGAUAAACUGACUUACACUGCACAGGUUCCAUAACUCUGUUUUGCAUUUUUUACAAAAUUAUUCCCUUUUUUCGACUUAGAAAUUGUUGGUUACGGUGUUGUAUGUAAGCUGGUAUUUCAGUAGUCACUAAUGUGAAUGAAUUGAAACUUCACACACUUGUUCACUGUCAUGAUCUGACAUGCAGAAAGCAGGUCCCAUAACUCAUUCGUUUUGGUUGUUUUUCAAAAUUAUGCCCUUUUUUCGACUUCAAGUUAGCAGUUUUUGGUUAAGUUUUUAUAUGUAAGCUGGUAUCUCAUUAUCCACUUAUGGGAAAGGAUUGAAACUUCACACACUUGUUCACUGUCAUGAUAUGACAUGCAGUCAAUAACUCUAUUCGCAUUUUACAAAAUUAUGCCCCUUUUUCAACUUAGGAGUUUUUGGUUAAAUUCUUAUAUGUAAGCUGGUAUCUCAGUACCCACUAAUGGGAAUGGAUUGAAACUUCACACACCUGUCCACUGUUAUUAGCUGAUAAGCACUAUGCAGGUUCCAUAACCCUGUUUUUUACUAAAUUUUGCCCCUUUUUCGACUUCUGUAAUCAUUCAAUUGACAAGGCUGUUGAAUAGUCGAGCGUUGCUGUCCUCCGACAGUUCUUGUUAAAUUACAAACUAUUCAACCUAGAAUAUGUGCUACUGAUUGCAAUCUCUGAAGUAAGAGCUUAAGAUUAAUGAACAGUUAUCAUAGAUUAUAAAUAGAUAAACUUAAUUGUGUUUUUCUUUCGAAUAUUGUCUACAAUAAAGAUAGAGGUAAUAAAUGUAACAUAUUGAAACCAUUAUCGUACAUUGUACCUGAAAAUAUCUGAUUUUA